ACUGCUACCAUUGUACACCGUACGAACACAAUACAGCACAUCUUAACAGCAAGCACUAUACGCAACCCUAUAACAUACACACUCACAUACAGCUUAUACAUAUAACACACAUCUAUACACUGGUUCUCUUUAUCUUAAAAAAACACUAGCCAUGUUGUUCUGGCCAAAGCUAUUGAGCAUCGCCCAUGCCAUUGCUUCCAGUGUCCGACCGUACCUGUCUUUAUACCUCUCUCAUUUACUCGGCUUCUCAUGCAGCGACAUUGGAAUUUUGCUGGCAGUUCCACUCGCGUGUCGCGUAUUUUCGUUAGGUCUAUGGACAGUGCUUGUCAUUGAUCAACGACCGAUGCUCCACGGAUUCUUCAUGGCGCUGUUAACAGCAGUUGGAACAGCCGCGCUGGUGCUUAUUCUUUGGAUUCCGCCCCAUGCGAAAUUCGCCUGGUCAGCUGCCCUUGUCUGUAUGUUCCUCGAUGGAAUCUUUUAUCAGCCCCUCACGGUACUCAUCGACAGUGCCAUCAUUAAAAUACUGGGGGACUAUAAAAUGCUAUUCUAUGGUAUAUAUCAAAUUCGUAGAAGAAGAAUCAGCAGCAAACAGCAGUACUACUAGUAUUGUUAGUCAGUAAUGCCCUUGGUCUAUACAGAAUACCCGAAACCAUUAGAAGCAAACGUGAGGAUGUGUGUUUUGGUGGGAGAGGGGGGGAAGAGGGAACAAACUACGAUGAACU